AUGACGGCCAUUUCUGAGCUGCAUGGGGAGGUAUUGGACCUAGAUGAAUUCGCAUGGCACGGCGCCGAGACCUUGGAAGCUGAAAAGCACAAGCGGAAAGCCGUUCCAGAGGACGCUGCUCGGAAGAGGGCUGCUCACAGUGCGAAAGAGCAAAUUGAUGACAGAAGCUCGGCCGGCCAAGGUUGCCCGAAGCCAAAGUAUCGCCAGGCGAAGGAAGAAGAUUCCUCCGUGGAAGUGCUGUGUUUCAGCUGUCGCCGAGCGCAAGACAAUUCAAUUCAGCUGAGCAUGGCAACCUUCUUCAAGAAGGUGCAUGAUGAAGCGCUUCCAACUACCAUCGUGAUAGACCUUGAGGAGCCGCCAUCCAUAGAUCCGUCCGUUUGCUCCCGCUGCCGGCGGCAACUGCGACACAAGCUGCCAACUUACAAAGCACCGGCAGAUGCCAUGAGGGGAAGUGGCGAGCUUCCACAGCUUCAGCGGUUGCGCACAUACCGGCGAACUGCAGACCGGCAGGGCGUGCCAUUUACAAUCUCCGAACGAAGUGCGUGUGCCUUGAUGCGUCGUCCGUGUUUCGGAUGCGGCGUGCCCGCGCCCUUGCGCGGCCACGGCCUCACGCGGCUUCGUAUCUGGCCCGCAGGAGUUGCCAAGCCGGAUCGCAGUGGCUUCAUGGGCCCUUAUUGCGAGGAAAAUCUGGCACCUGCUUGCACGAUGUGCAACAUGAUGAAGGGACAUCGAAGAAUCUCAGGGUUCGUCGAAUGCUGCCGACACAUUGCCACAAAGCACACGGAAGGAGAGCAGUUUGGUGAGUACCCACACCGUUUCCGGGACAAUGUGUCAAGAAGAUCACGGUCCUGCUACAUCUCUCAGUCGAGCACUCACACGAAGACGCACUCCUUGACGAACGAGCAAUUCAAUGCUAUCGUGUCCGAGCCAUGCUUCUACUGCGGCAAGGAGCCCCGGAAGCCAAAGACGAAUGGGCCAGAAGAUCGUGGCCACUUCAAUGGCCUGGACAGGCUGGACUCCGAAAACCGGGUCUAUGCUAAAGAAACAACUGUUGCAGCCUGUGGGGACUGCAACAUCAUGAAGUAUCGGUGGGAGCUCCAGGAAUUCCUGGAGCAGUGCCGGCAGGUUGCGCGUUUCCACAAGGGCACGGCCAGCAGCUGA